CUUUUUAAUUUUAUCUCUACGUGUCUGCAUAACUUAAUAACGAAUGAUCGAAAUUAAAUAAAUAUAUAACGUACUGCAGUGCGGAGGAUUAUGGAAUACAACUCUGUGUGACAUUUAACGUACGAUCUCUGCCUAACACAACACUCAUAACUGACAAACCGAUAUAGUGAAAUUCGUGCCGCUGUUUACAAUAUCGUCAAAAUAAAUAUUUGCGGCAUUUCUUGGUUUGCUUCAAGAAAUUAUAGAUUUUUUGCCUUUCAAGGAGCGAAAAGUAAUUCGAUUUCGCAAUGUUUUACCACAUCUCUCUUGAACACGAAAUUCUACUACAUCCGCGCUAUUUUGGACCGCAGUUACUGGAAACUGUGAAGCAGAAACUUUACACAGAAGUAGAAGGAACUUGCACUGGAAAAUAUGGGUUUGUGAUAGCUGUAACCACAAUCGAUCAAAUCGGCUCUGGUGUCAUUCAACCAGGCCAAGGCUUCGUGGUGUACCCUGUGAAAUAUAAGGCAAUAGUUUUCCGCCCUUUCAAGGGCGAAGUACUGGAUGCAGUUGUAAAACAAAUAAAUAAAGUUGGAAUGUUUGCAGAAAUCGGCCCACUGUCUUGCUUUAUUUCACAUCAUUCCAUUCCAGCGGAUAUGCAAUUUUGUCCAAAUGGUAACCCACCGUGUUAUAAGUCAAAAGAUGAGGAUGUGGUGAUUUCCGGUGAAGAUAAAAUACGUUUAAAAAUUGUUGGUACACGUGUUGAUGCUACUGGUAUUUUCGCAAUUGGUACACUAAUGGACGAUUACUUAGGUUUGGUGUGUAGUUAAUUUUACAUUAAUCUCCGUCCUCUGGUGGAGCUACUAAACUUAAAAAUCGGACCCUUCUUUAAUUAUAUUAGAUUAUACAAAAUAAAUUUUUAUAUUUAUACGCAAAAUACAAGUAAAACGAGUUGAGUUUAAACAC